AUGACAACCGUCGCCACGGAAGUGUUGCCUUCUGUCUCCUGGCCAGAAUGGUUCAACACUCGCCAAAACGUUGACCUCGCCAUCGAAAAUACACCCUACAUAAACGCUUCAGUCACUGAAUUGGGAAACAGCGAUGGCCCCAAUUACAUCCGAACCCCUAGAGGGGAAAAUCUGCCAGGUUCCGAAAGCUUGCUGCAAUAUCUUCGUCGAAGCGAACUACUUGGCAACUUUUGUGGCCAAAUAAAUCUAAGAGACUUAGAGAAUGGAACAACAGAAAACACGACGAAAUAUGUUGCGUCGCUGGAUGACAGAAACUCUGCUGGUGUUCUACCUCUUGCUCGUAGGCAAUGUCGACCAUAUAAAGGGCCUCUGACGCAACAUGGACUUUAUCAAGAACUAAGGAGAAAGAGGUUUAGAGUGGAUGAUGAAGGCAAAACCCAACAAACGGUUGACGAUGCGCUCGAAUCUGAUAUUGAAAGACGGUUUCUCAAUAUCAUAAAUAUGGACCGAUGGGGCGCUGUAGCACUUAUAGCAACAGCGUCCGCAACCCAAAUCCAAGCUUUAGGGACUGCAAUUGAAAACUAUCUUGCAUUCCAAGCGUCAGUCCGUGUAACUAUUCCUUCUUCCUUGCCUCAUAUCUUUGCUCUGGAAUUCCAUAUUCCAUAUUAUGGACUACGAAUUCAUAAUAGUUUAGUCAACGACCCUCGUAAAAGAUCGGAUGGAAGCCCUUUAAGACAUUCCUGGAAGCUGCCCUUCCCAGAAACACUUUCGAUGCCCUAUCAUACUCCAACUGGGACUUGUUGUCUCUAUGAGGCACAAUUAUCCGUCGCUGUGAUAGGGCUUGAUCGUUGGACUUGGAUCGCGUACGCUUUUGAUGAUACGUAUUUCGAUUACGACACCUUAGAGCCGUUCACCCAAUUCACGGCCCAAAUACGACCGUCUCUCAUUUCUCCACGUGAUGGAGAUGAGCCUGUUUGGACGCCGAGGGAGCACUUUUUGAAAACAGUUGAGAUCAAAACAAAGCAGGUAGUAAAGGAGUGGGGGAGCAUAGUCCAAAAGUUGCAGGAGAUCGUCCGAUGGUAA